AUGCCUGGGAGGGCCUUCAUGCUGUGCCAGCUGCUUCUGCUGGGGCUGGGGUCCCAGGGUGCCCUGCCCCCGCCCUGUGACAGCCGGAUUUACUGCUACGGGGAGCUCCUGCACCAGGUUCAGAUGGCGAAGCUCUACCAGGACGACAAGCAGUUUGUGGACAUGCCACUGUCCUCGACCCCAGACCGAGUUCUGCAGCACUUCCGGGAGCUGGCCGCCCGCCACAACCACAGCAUUCCCACGCCACUGCUUCGUGCCUUCAUCCAGGAACACUUCCAGGCCGCGGGGCAGGAGCUGCAGCCCUGGACCCCUGAGGACUGGAAGGACAGCCCCCGGUUCCUGCAGAAGAUCUCAGACCCCAAGCUGCGAAUCUGGGGGGAGCAGCUGCACCAGCUCUGGAAGAAACUGGGAAAGAAGGUGAAGCCAGAGGUCCUCAGCCACCCCGAGCAAUUCUCUCUGCUCUACUCAGAACACCCCUUCGUUGUGCCUGGUGGGUGCUUUGUCGAAUUCUACUACUGGGACUCCUACUGGGUGAUGGAGGAGCUGCUCCUCUCUGAGAUGCCCGAGACCGUGAAGGGCAUGCUGCAGAACUUCCUGGACCUGGUGCGACUCUAUGGACAUGUCCCCAACGGGGCCCACGUGUACUCCCUGCAGCGGAGCCAGCACCCCCCCCCCCCCCCUCCCCCCCCGCUGACUCUCAUGAUGCACUCCUACGUGGCUCACACCAACGAUACGGCCUUCCUGAGGGACAACAUCGGGACCUUAGCUUUGGAAUUGGACUUCUGGACUGAGCACAGGAACGUCUCUGUGAGCUCGGGGAGGAAGAGCUACGUCCUGAAUCACUAUUCUGUCCCUUAUGGGGGACCCAGGCCCGAGUCUUACAGCAAAGACGCGGAGGUCAGGCAUCUGGGUGGGGCUGGGACCCUGAUGUUGUGUGUCAGGCCCCGGUCCCCGGUCUGCUGCUGCCUCGUCAUCACAGGGGACCAGGAAGCUCUGUGGGCUGAGCUCAAGGCUGGGGCCGAGUCUGGCUGGGACUUCUCCUCGCGUUGGCUCGUCAAAGGCCCGAACCCCAACUUGCCGAGCAGCAUCCGGACCAGCAAACUCGUGCCUGUUGAUCUCAAUGCCUUCCUGUGCCAGGCAGAGGAGCUGAUGAGCGACUUCUACUCCAGACCGGGGAACGACCUCCAAGCCACAAAAUACAGAAAUAUGCGGGAACAGCGCUUGGCUGCCAUGAAAGCCAUCCUGUGGAAUGAGAAAGGUGCCUGGUUUGACUAUGACCUUGAGAACAGAAGGAAAAACCUCGAGUUUUACCCAUCCAAACUUAGUCCUCUCUGGUCUGGCUGUUUCUCUGACCCGGGAGUCGUGGACAAGGCUCCGAAAUAUCUGGAGUCCCCAGCGGUCCGAGAAUGUCGAACCUUCUGGAAGCCAGAUCUUGACCUGCUCGUACGGGAUCCCGACCUCUUCUCUCAGAGCAGGCCAGCAGGGGACUUCAGUGCCUGGCCCCCUUGCGAGACUCUGUCAUCAGAGGAGGGAGGCAGCAGUGGGGCACUCUCAGGGCCUGCCUCUCCGCAUGCAUCUGAGGGUCAGCCCCCCUGGUACUGGGGAGGUGUGAACAGAGGAUGGUUGCUCUCGGGUGCUGGGGUGCCUGCAGAGCUAGGUGCUGGAAGCGCCAAGAUGUCUUCCCUCCGGGCGGAAGUGGCACCAGCUGGCUCAGGGAUUGAGUCCGAACACUAUGUGCUCUCAGAGCCAGCCUUGUAUGAGACAGAGGGCUUUGGCUGGACCAAUGGAGUGGUCCUGAUGCUCCUGGACCGCUACGGCGACCGACUGAGCUCGGGGACCCAGACCGCUUUCCGGGUGCCGCAGUGCCUCACAACUGCCCUUCUGCUCAGCCUCCUGCCACGUCUGCCUCAUUAA